CUUCCAACAAGGUAAAAAACGCUGCAGACAAUGAAAAGCAAAAGCUAUAUAUAAAAAGAAACACUCUUUUUUGAUACUUAACCUUUGCUUUUUUUUGUAUUCUUUUCUUUUGUAGCAUUACCUCUACUUAGUUAUUUACUUGACUAUUUAUUCGGUUGUUUCAACACACCAACCUUCCUCAGAACGACGAAGAAGACUGAAUUCAUCUUCCUGUUUCUACUUAAUUCCUUCCUCCCCCCCAUCUUUUUUUUUUCUUCUUCUUACCGGCCCCUCUCUCAUCUGAGCCAAACGCGCCAUGGCUCUUUUAUCAUCUCCUGGAACCACAGCGUUCCGAUCCAUCUCUAGUCUGAUUGGCAGAGGCGUACAUCGUGCGAGCAAGAUGUCGUCUCGUAAUCCGAUCGAGAUGAUUGUUGCCAUUCUCAUCUUGGCUUCGUUUAGCUAUUUUUAUCUGUUCAACCUGGCACGGACGUCGGAUAUCUUUUCUGGCACGGUGACACGGUUAUACCCCACGACUGCGUAUGCAGAUGGUCAUGCCAAGGAGUUCAGUGUGGUGGAGUCCAUGGACAGUGUGCCCAAAAAUGCCAUCAAAAUUCACCUCAAACAGAUUCUCGUCACGGAUCCUCAUCGGAGUCUUUUGAACCAAAAAACACUAUCUUCUGUGCUUCAUUUCCAACGGUUGAUCGAGAACGAAAUUUACGUACCCGAUAACACCGCCGUUAACCGAUUCGCCUACAAUCACGACUUGUGCUACAAAGUGUCUUUGACCCACGACCGCCCCAAUAUGUGUUUCACCCAGUCGCCCUUGGCAUUUUGGAACAACGAUAUUGAGGUGCUUCAAGCCGACAACGAUCUCCUCGCCACCUUGAAAGAGAACCAAAACACCGCCAACUAUAUCUUUGAAGAUCUUCAAUACGAUACUUCUUCCACGCAUUCCCUCGUCCUCUCGUAUGCUUUCAAUGCCUCUUCCGUCUAUCGUCAGCAACUCAAUGCCAUCUGGAGUCAUAAAGUCGCCACUCUGCCUCCCGCAGAUUUGGUCUCCUUAUCCAACACUGGUCAACAAGAAACUGUCUUUAGCUGGCUCUUUAUCAUCACCCGCAAUGUCGUCUUUCGCUUGAAGGAACUCAUCGAGGUGGCUGACAAUAUCGACAUUAUCGUUAUUUUGGCUGGCUAUGUCAUGAUGAUAGCCACCUUUGUCUCUCUUUACAUGAACAUGCGUGCCAUGGGCUCCCGUUACACGCUAGCUACCGCGGUCGUUUUCAACGGAUUCUUCUCCUUUAUGUUGGCCUUGUUGACGGUCCACGCUUUGGGCGUGGGUGUGUAUCCCGUAGUUUUGGCUGAGGCAAUUCCCUUUUUGGCUGUCACCAUUGGUUUUGAACGUCCCUUCACCCUAACCAAACGUGUCUUUCAAUACAGCCGAGAGACCCCAUUGACCAAGCAAGAGAUCAGAAAGACCAUUGUUCGUGCUGUGGAUUCCGUCGCCUUGCCGAUUGCCCGUGAUUGUUUCAUGGAAAUCACCGUUCUUGUUCUGGGCGCCAAGUCUGGCAUUUCCGGUCUCCAGGAAUUCUGCUUGCUGAGCGCCAUUUUACUGGCUUAUGACUUGAUCAUCAUGUUCACCUGGUAUACUGCCGUCUUGGCUUUAAAGUUGGAGUUGCUUCGUAUUCGCGAGAUCAAUAGCUCCACCGCGAAAUCGGUGGAAAAGAAGCCCGCCAAUACAGGUUACAUCCGUCGCACCGUGCUUCGUGCUAUUAGUGACAAUAGUGCCGCCGGACGCAACCCGAACCAACAAGUGGACAAUCCAAUCAUUGGCCGCAUCAAAUUGCUCAUGAUUGUUGGUUUUGUGGGCAUGCAUAUUUUCAAGAUUUGCUCCACUUUCCAGUCCUCUGGUCCCCGCGUCAACAUUGCUGACCCCACCGUAGCAGGUGUACUUACCCAAUUGUUGCAACUGCACCGAUCCUCACUGCAGUCGUCCUUGCCUAUUGUGGUAGAAGUAUUUCCCCCGCUCCCAUUCCAUGUUGCUUCUUGGAAUAAGGGGCUCCUCCCUGCCGCCAUUUCAGAACCCUUGGAAGCCUUGUUUAACAUCUGUGCUGUCUACAUUCAACACCCUGUCAUCAGCAAAUGGUUGACCCUGGCUCUCUUCGUUUCUCUGUUUCUUAAUACCUAUUUAUUCAAGGUCGCCAAGCAACCCAAGCAGUUGGUCGAACAUACUCAACCCGAAAAGAAUACCGUCGUUGUCACCAAGGUCUCUCCUACUGUCGAGCUUUCCGAAAAGCAAAAGGUCGCCGUCAACCAAGCCGUCCCGGUCGCCAAGACCGAAGUCCGCUCCGUUGCUCAUCGUCAUCCUCAUCGCUAUCCUGAAAGUGACACCGUUCGUCCCAUCGAGGAAUGCAUGACAUUGCUUCGCACGCCUCAUGAAUUAACCAAUGAGGAGAUUAUUUCCCUUGUCCAAGCUGGAAAGAUCGCUCCUUACGCCCUUGAAAGGAUGCUGGGUGAUCUGCAACGUGCUGUUAGUAUCCGUCGUGCCCUCAUCUCCCGUGCCUCUAUUACCAAGACCCUCGAAUCCAGUGCUCUGCCCUUGGAAAACUACUGGUAUGAAAAAGUUAUGGGUGCCUGUUGCGAAAAUGUCAUUGGUUACAUGCCGAUCCCCGUCGGUGUUGCUGGUCCUAUGUUGAUUGAUGAUGAAAGUAUCCACAUUCCUAUGGCUACCACCGAAGGUUGCUUGGUUGCUUCAGCGGCUCGUGGCUGCAAAGCCAUCAAUGCUGGUGGCGGCGCUCGAACCAUUCUUACGGCUGACGGUAUGACCCGUGGUCCUUGUGUCGAAUUCCCCAACAUUACCAUGGCGGGUGAAUGCAAACGCUGGAUCGAACAAGAAGGCAAUGAAAUCGUCACUGCGGCUUUCAACUCGACUUCCCGUUUCGCUCGCCUUCGCAAGUUGAAGGUGGCUUUGGCCGGCAAACUUGUAUUUAUUCGAUUCUCUACAACCACAGGUGAUGCCAUGGGCAUGAAUAUGAUUUCGAAAGGUUGCGAAAAGGCCAUUUCUGUGCUCAGUGAACAUUUCCCCGAGAUGCAAGUCAUUUCAUUGUCUGGCAAUUACUGUACGGAUAAGAAGCCGGCUGCUAUCAACUGGAUUGAAGGUCGUGGUAAAUCCGUGGUCGCGGAAGCGGUGAUUCCUGGUCAUGUGGUUGAAAAGGUGCUCAAGACCACCGUGGCUGCCUUGGUUGAACUGAACAUUAGCAAGAACUUGAUUGGCUCGGCCAUGGCUGGAUCCGUGGGUGGUUUCAAUGCCCAUGCCGCCAAUAUCUUGACGGCCAUUUACCUUGCUACCGGUCAAGAUCCCGCUCAGAAUGUCGAAAGUUCCAACUGUAUUACCUUGAUGAAGGCUAUCAACGAUGGACAAGAUCUCCAUAUUUCAUGCACCAUGCCCAGUAUUGAAGUUGGUACGAUCGGUGGUGGUACCAUUUUACCUCCUCAACAAUCCAUGUUGGAUAUGCUCGGUGUUCGUGGCCCGCAUCCCACCGAACCUGGCAAGAAUGCUCAGCGUUUGGCCCGUAUUAUUUGCGCUUCCGUCAUGGCCGGUGAAUUGUCUCUUUGUGCCGCCUUGGCUGCCGGUCAUCUUGUGAAAGCUCAUAUGGCUCACAACCGUGCUGCCCCGGCUGCUGCCACCUCGGCACCUGCUGUCACCGCCGCCCCCGAACCUGGCACCUGUAUCAAGUCUUGAAAUGGUCCUUUAUUUUAUUCAUAUCAUUCCCCUUUUUCUUUUUGCUUUCUGUGUUCUUCAUUCUAUAGAACUACAAAAAAAAAACUGUUUUUGAUUUUCUAAUAAUAGUCUCAUGAAAAAAAUAAUAAAAGCUGCAACUUAUUGCUUAUCAUCA